AUGGGCGCAUCAAGCCAGCACGGCACCCCCGUCUACCUGACCAUCUGGGACCUCUCGCCCCCCUCGCUCCUCUCGAGCUCCGCCUACCGCCUCCUUGGCCUCGGCGCCUUCCACACCAACCUCUGGCUGCCGGACCUCGCCGUCGAGUACGCCUACGGCGGCCACGCCCAUCCCGGCGUCAGCGGCGCAUUCGCCAUCCCCCGCGACCCCCUCGACCUCGAUGCACUUGUCGAUGCAAAACCACCAGGACGACGACGACGACAAGAGAAUGGGAGGAACGCCCCACGUCCGCCGUCGACGCUGGAUGGUAUCAGCUGGUGGGGCCCUGAAGCCGUGCCGUGUCCCGGCCAAAGCCCCAUUCCCGGUGCGAGGUACAUGGGCGCCUGGUUUGUCGGCUAUGCCGGUCCACCGCCGCCGUCCAGACCAACAGCCGACCACGACCUCCAUGACGACGACGACAACGACGACGACCAACGCAGCGAGUUUGUCCGCUGGGCCGCGCCUCAGUCCGGUGCGCGAGCCUUCAAGGAACCUCUGCAGUUUAGCGACCCCUUCUUCCUCGCCUCGACCGACGCAGCACCACCACCUCCCUCGCCUUUGUCGUCGUCGGCGGCGGUAGCGGCUGGACGCCAUCCAAGGCACGGCGGUGCGCGGCUAAAGAGCGUCAACCAUGCGCUCGCCACCCUCCAGGCGAUGCGGCAGGACGCCACGUGGUGCGGGACGCGGUACGACCUGCUGGCGCGCAACUGCAACCACUUCACCGACGCCGCCUGCCGCCUCCUCGUCGGGACCGGCAUACCCGGAUGGAUCAACCGCUCCGCCAACCUGGGCAGGAGCGUCGUCUGGGCCGUCCCCAAGUCGUUGCUCGACAUCGAAACCGGUAUCCUCCUCGACGACGAUGCCGAGCGGGCCGAGGUCGAAGAUGAUCGUGGACACGACCAGGACUGCGACCAUGGGCGCGCGGUAGAUGGAACGGGCGCCAGGCGGAACGUGGCUGCCGCCGCCGUCGGGCAGGCCCCGCACGAGUAG